UCAGUCGGUAACAGUAGGAUGCCGAUGUGGCUUUUCCUUGAGCCUGUUUAGCAUUGUUUUAAUUGUGAGAAAAUAUAAAAAUGGAAGUAUUGCUUUUGUGUUUGAUUUCAAUCUUCGGGUCUGUGGUGGCAAACCAAGACGAAAGAUUACCUAAUAAAUGCGAAGUCUGCAAGUACUUGACGGUGGAGUUGCAGGCUACGCUGGACAGAAGUAGCAGGUCAAAGGAGGUGCUGGAGGUUGGAGAGGUGUUGGACACGGGAAAACGCAAGCGCAAGAUCAAAUACAACACAUCGGAAACACGUCUGACAGAAGCUGUUGACAACAUAUGCGAGGGAAUCCUGCAGUACAGUGUGCAUGCUGAGAGACCGGGGAGUUUGCGAUAUUCCAAGGGCACCAGUCAGACCAUGGCUACACUGAAGAACUUAGUGAAUAAGGGUGUGAAGGUGGAGCUGGGUAUACCCUUUGAGCUCUGGGAUGAGCCCUCAGUGGAGGUGGCAGACAUGAAGAAACAGUGUGAGACCAUGCUAGAGGAGUAUGAGGAGGUGGUGGAGGACUGGUACUUCCAUCACCAGGAGGAGAGGCUGGAGAGGUUCCUCUGCCAGAAACAUGUCUUGAAGAGUUCGGAGCAAGAAUGCCUGGAAGAGGAGUGGAAGGGGGACCCUGGACUGACGCAAGCAGAACCGGAGACAGCACCCAGUGACAUUGGACAAGGAGAGGGUGGGAAGACCCACGAUGCUGGAGAACUUUGAAAUCAGUGACUCGCCCAAAAUUUCUGAAAUAUACCCCUAGUCUUUUCUCAAACACUACCAAAAAGUAUGAGCGAAACAAGAUGGCUAAAUGUGAUGACUGUUACAAAUUAGGGGCUGUUCACACCAAGAAAGAUAACUACAAUGAUAACGGCAAAAAGUGUUGCUCUAACUAACAUGAGUGACAAUGUCCACACAUAAAUUGUAAUAAGCACAACAUGAAGAAUGUUAUUGUUGGGGAUCACUUUCAGAGCGAUUUUGAGAAGGAUAAAAAGCUGACAGCCAAUCAGAAUCCAUCAAAUUUUAGACAUCACAUUCAUCAUCAAAACUUUUUAUUGUUGGUCAUAAUGGAUGCUUUUAUCAUUAGUUAGUUAUUAUCUUUAUCAUUCCUGGUGUAAAUGGUCCUUUAUACCUAAAAAACUAUUUAAACCAGAACACAUUAUGUUCGUAUGAACACAUGGUACUUUGUAAACUAUGUUUACUAUAUUCAUUCAGACAUUUGAAUACUUUUGGACAGUGAGGAAUUUACAUUUAUUUUUGUUGCUUUUCACUAUGCAGAUUUGCACAGAAAAGGGCCAUAUUGUUUACAUUUACACUGAGAAAUUGGAUCUCUCUGUACUCUAACUCAUUUUUAUCCAGGAUGCCAAGAGAACAUUGUUUUACCUCUGUGCCUUAAAUGUCAUCAGCCCUCUGGUUAUUGUGAUUUAUGUUGUUUGUUUUUACAGUUUAUACAUUUUAAAUAAAGUGUGUUCUCAGAUUA